UGACGGGCAUGCGCUCCACCCCGGAGAGAGAGAGAGGAAGGAGAGGGAGACGGGGAGUGACAGAACAUCAUUUCGGUACUCCACUCCCACUCCCACUCCACUCCCACCGCCUUCAGUCCGCAAGAGGAAAGUAGGCUACUCCUCCACCUUCCCCGUGUUCCGUAUCGCCGUGUUUCCGCUGCCUCAGGUCACCAGGUGGGCUAAACAGAGGUCACUAAACUGGUUGAUAAAAGCGACGCGACAGAAUUCACCGUGAGGGAGUGAGAUAGGAGUGUCAAAAUCAACCCAACUUCACCUGUUAUCUUAUCAACUUAUCCGUGUGAAAAAAAAGGUUUAUUUACGUCGUUAUCGCCUCUGUGUGUUUGGUGUCAACGAAAGAACAAGAGCAAGUUAUACGGAAAUCAAGUCAACCUUCCAACUCUGUCACCGGUUGCCUCAUCCGUCGCUUAAAACGUUUCUUCAACAUCCGUAUCGCCUUCGUGUCUGUGCCAGUGACAGUCUGUGUGGCGUGGGUGAGGUGUUGAGGCCCCCAGAAAGGCUCCAUAACGCCCGCCUUUCAAUCUACGUGGACAGCAGUGUGAAAAUCGAGAGGAAGAAGGUGGGGGAAUAAGUGAUCCACAUUCUCCAUCACAACCUCCACCAUCACCACCAUCGCGACCCACCACCGCCAUCAUAGUGAAGUUCCAUCGACUGAAGCUCCUCCGUCCACUUCCCUCCACACUACCACUAGCGGCGCCUCGUCAGAAGUGGUGGAGGAGCCGUGAUGGCGGAGUGGAGGCCGGUGAACAUCGCCACCAUCACGGAGGAGAAAGUGGAGGGGGAGGAGGUGGGGGAGGACGGCACGGUGGAGACGAUCAUCCCCUCGGAAGGCGCGAAGGCAGACGGCAGACGUAGGCCGUCGUCCUCGUCCGACCACGACGAUAUCGGGAGGCGGCCGUCUUUGGAGCGUCCCAGCAGCCUGGUGGAGAAGGAUGUGGAGGAGGGGGAGGAGGAUGCCCAGCGUACCAUCUCCUCCGUUCUGUCCUCCAUCACCUUCGACAAUGAGCAACCCUCAACCACCGUCGCCGCCCCCUCUCCCGCAGCCACCAUACCCGCCCGCACCACCCUGCCCCGCUCACACCCCGCCGCGCGCCGCUCCUCCUCCCCCCUCAGGACAACCCUCCCCAGAGCCGGCAGCCGCGCCUCAGGAUUCACGAUGAACUUGUCGGAGAAGUUCGUGACGGAGCUGAGUUUCUACGACCCCUGGGGGAGCGACGCACCCCUGCAGAGCGCCGUCAUCCUGCUGGGGGUGUUUCUGGCCACAGAUCAGGUCAUGGGGGACCACUCCAUCUACAAGGUGUCCCCCGUGAGCCCUCUGGCGGCACUCAAGAUAAAGCCACAAGACAGGCUGCUAAAGAUCAACGGAGUGAGUCUUGCCGGCUGGUCACACGCCUGCGUCGUAGAUUUCGUCAAGAGCCUCACCCUGUCCGCCGCUGCAGCCUCCACCAUCACCACCAACACAAACAACUCCACCAACGCCAACACCACCAACGCUGCAGACACCCCGACGGACCUCACGCUGAGUCUGGAGCUCCGGCGGGUCGGCAGGAGCGUCAGGUCCCCACAGGAGGCACCCCCCAGCAGGAUACUGGACGCCACCCUCAGGAUCAAAAGGAAACGAGCCACCGUGACGGCCGUGCAGCAGCGUGAGGCGUGUGUGAGGCACCGCUCGACCCUUCCGCGGCGCAUCGGCGUGGCUCACAAGGCCCUGCACCUGUCCACCUGCCUCGCCGAGUCAGGUGUAGCGGGUCUGGAGGUGCGCGUCGGCGACCAGACUGAAGAAGGCCAGUUCCUCUUCCACUCCUUCGACGUAUCCAACACCACCUCCACCCCGCCCUCCUCCUCCACCCAUCACAGAGGUAGAGACUGCAGGGGUGGUGAUGUUGGUGUAGGAAGUGGUGGUGAUGGUGGUGGAGGUGGAGGGGAUGUGGUGGUGGUGGAGACUGCCGAACCGCGCGCCUGGUUUCUCAACGCCACCUCUUCUUCCUCGGUUGCUCUCAUGUACGCAGCAGCAGUCGAGGUGGAGACGCUGAUGCAGGAGGACGUGCGCUUCUUUUGCCUGGUGCCUGAGCCCGCCGAGGAACACGUCUACAGGCUACAGAACAUUGCCACGGGCGCCUUCCUCUCGGUCGCGUUAGGGUCCGUCGGGCUGGUGACAAGAGGCGCCGACGGGACGCUGCCUGACUCCACCCGCCUCCACGUACCCCCCUGCUAGUCGCCUCCUCCUCCUCCUUCUCCUCCUCCCAUGCUUUAGUCUCGUCCAACUUUUCUUCUAUUUCUCCUCCUCCUCUUCUACUUGUCCUUCUCCUCCUUCUACUCUUCGUUCUCGUCUUCGUUCUCAUUUUCGUCAUCGUCCUUUUUCUCUUUCUCGUUCGCCUCAUUUUUCUCCUCAUUUUGUAUUUUUCUUUUUCUUCGGUUGCUCCUUUUCGUUUCCCGUCCCUUUAUUCUAUUCCUUAAAUUCCUCUUCCUUUCCUUCCUUCUUGUGUGUUAUUCAUGCUUUUAUAUAUCAUUUAUUAUCAGGACACUUACAUAAACAAGUAUAACAUAUUCAUAUAAUUCAUUUUUACUUUGCUUCAAUUCCUUCAAUACAAAUCAGUUAGCCCUUCAAAUACCCCGCUAAUCCCGUUUUCCUUUUAUCUCUGCUAUAUCUGUAUUUUUACCAUUUUUUCCUCUAGGUAAAAUAAAGACUUGUGAUAUAUC